CUGGAGCUCAACAACCAAGGAACUUCCAAUUCAACUUGGGCAACCUUUUUGUCCAACUUCAAAAUCUAUCAGCAAAGACGCUUCCCACUUUGUUGCUGGUGUUCGGGGCCAUCAUAUACCCCUGACCUGACCAUCGAACGGCUGCGCCCAACUUGUGCUUUCCAGCUCUACACACCACACGCAUAAUCGCGGCGCCCACUAGCAACAAGAUCGACGAUUGGUUACAUCACGCCGGACCACUCCAAUCUUUUCGAAAUCUUCAGCGAACGAAAAGAAAGCUUCAAGAAACCUCGCUUCUUCACUACCUACCGAGAACGGCUUUCCCACGAUUGCGUCGGCAAUCAUUGACUCGAUUGGGAAUCGAUUGGGUUUCCCCGCCUUUCUGACGAACCUGAUCAGAGCUCAAAGCGAACUUCGGCCUCGGGGCCCAAUUUGCGCCCGCUAGUUCUCGGGGUUGCGGUUGACCAACAGAAAGGAACGCCUACUGCCGGCAGGAAACCAGCAGGAAACCGCAAGCAAGCAAGCAAGCAACACACGGACAACCGAAGCUUUUGCACGAACCCCUCCACAAGGGUCGAAAGCCGAACCAAAGCCCGUUCGCUCGAAAUCGAUCCGCCUCGCUAGGCCGGACAUCUCUUUGCGUCACCGGGUGCUGUAUACCCUCGGCCAGUCUAGAGAACAACAAGGUCGUCUUUUCAGUCCGACGACAAACAAGGAAGCGCCGCUACACCAGUGAGCGUGGGAUCGGAGUCGGAUAGGAUCGUUACGGAAAGGCCAAGAGGGGGCACAGGAAAUAAGCACACCACAGUCAUGCCUAGGGAUAGGGAGAAUAGCGAUACAUCGGGCGCCCCCGGCCAAUCAAAACGGCCGACUUUGUAUCACCGCGACAGCAGCUCUUCUCAGGUCGGCGGCGAUCAAACAGGCAAUGGCAACACCCACCACCACCGCGCAAAGGGCCCCAAGCACGUAGUUGGCGGUUCUCGGCUGCACGGAAAAGCCCCCUCCUCCAAAGGCCUACACAAACACCAUGGCUCGACCUCCACGGUGAAGCUGAAUCGUACCAACACCGCCGCGAGCCGACAAGGAGAAUCACCUACAUCGCCUGAACGGCCGCCUUUCCUUGCGUCGAACCACCGCCGCUCAACGUCCCAGGACCUCGUGACUGUCUCUACUAACCUCAAGAAUACUUCUGCGACAGUGCUGAAGCGCAAUCGAUCCAAUGCCGACGUAGCCGGAACUGGAAAAGGCAAGGCAAAGUCUACAUCCAAUCUGCUCAAGCGGUCCACAUCCAACCCCGCCGUCCACAAGCUCAAGGGCGAACGACAUAGCAAGGUUCACUUUAACAUAGGAGACGACGGUCAGGACGACGACGAGGACGAUCAGGACGAGUGGGUGGACGCUAGCACAUCAGCCUCCCCUCUCCUGUCGCGGCGCGGGUCGACAAUCAACGGUGCCGAGACAGCAAACGAGAAUCAUUUGCAUCCGUUGGCUUCCGCGCUACCGUCCCAGGGGCAGGUUGACAACCCGCGAGUAACACAGGUUCAAUUUCCGUUUCCUUCACAUCAGCGGCGUGUUCAGCCCAGUAAUAACACUAUUGCUUCCGCCAACAAUAUUUCCCAGCAGCAACAGCAACCGCAGGAGCAACAACAGCAACAGCAGCAACAACAGCAACAACAGCAACAACAACAACAACAACAACAAAUGCCACAGCUCUCGAAACCGCCUACCAACAAGAACAGCAGCAGUCAGACUAGCAUCGCACCGAGCAUUGCGCCAAGUAUCGCACAUAGCACCACUACCAGCCAUUCACAUAACCAGCUUCUUACGGAACGCAUUCUGAAACGAGUACCAUCGAUGAUUUCGGCGCCCAAGAUGUCCACAGAAAGCGUACAGGUCCAGCUAAACGCCUCACGGCCGACGUCUCCUGCUUCGUCGAUGCUUUCUUCCCAAAUACGUCCAGGAAGCAGCGAAAAGGAGGAGCUACUCACCUCUCGGUUUGUCGGAGGUGAUCAGCUUGGAUCUACCGGCAAUCCCAGUAACCCCGGUGAAUCCUUCCUUACCAGCAUCCGAGCCACGACAGAGAAUGGCACCUCGCGAUCAAUGGGAAGUCUCGAGCAUGCCGGCCACCAAGGUUCCAAACUUGGGGCGGACUCGGAUGACGAAGGUACUGAGAUCAGGAGAACCACCAGAAAACGAAACGGCACUCAAACCAGCGUCUCCAGCGGCGUAUAUGGCGGUCUCAAAGAUCUGAACCGAACUCAACAGAAGCUCAAUCUUCAGCGAGCCAGCUCAACCCUGGACCAGCCACAGGUUCCACCUCACCACCCAACCCUGGGCCCACUGACCCCCGGCCUCCCACUCAACGGAAACGGGUACGACAACCGCGACCCUCGCCUCACCAGAAUCCUCGAGCGCACCGGCAUGGAGUACCUUGUCGUUCGCCGCUACCAAAACCCCGUAGCCCGCUCAAUAGCACGCAUAGCUCAGUAUCAGGCUCUGCAGAACGGGUCUUUGAACAUGAACGGUGGCGGCCGCGCUUCCCGACCGGGAACUUCUCACUCCAAGCGCGGCUCCGAACUAAGCGGUGGCCGACCCAAUUUCCUUCGCGACGGCAGAGAGCCGCGAGAUUCCUUCCUCGCUCAGGCCACCAUCAACGCCAACCAUCAGCACAGCAACUCCAUGUCUGCUAUUCCCUCCAAAGCCGUCUCUGCCGCAGCCCGGUUUUCGGGACUCGGUGGGAUCGGGACCAGGGCUAAUAGUACCAGCUCUAGUCUCGACGGCGAUGGAGAUGGCGGACAGCCGCAUGUGGGCAUGUUGAACGGUGCCAAUGGUGGUUCCAGUUCAAGACUGAGCGGGUCAAGUCUGGUGGAUAGAAGCGAACAUGCGGAGACGCAGGCGAUUCUGAGGGCCUUGUGGGACAAGAGUCUGGAUCUAAGCGUUAGCCAGGAAUAGGAGACCUGCGGGCUUGGGACUGGAGCUGAUGGGCUUGAAGCUGAUAUCACGAGGAAUGGAGUGACGGUUGAUGUUGGUGGUGGGGUUGGUGUGACUGAGAAGAUUGCGAGGAGUUAUGAUGGGGCGGAUACAGCUGCAAGCGAGGCUUCGGAUGCGAGGACGCUUGCAAGUGAGAGCUGUGCUGCCAGUGGUGAGUUUGAGAAUGAGCCGCCGCCAGAGUUGUUGAGGGAGGUGGUGGGGUUGGUUAGUAGUGUCGGUCGAAGUGCGUAGGAGUAUCGUUCGACGAGGAUCUGGUCGGGUUGAAGACGUCAGUCACGAGCUUUCAUUGCUGAGAGAGGGGUUGGUUCCUUUAAAGGGCGUUAAGGAUAACGGGCACAAUUGUUCGUAUACAUAACAAAGAAACAGGUACUGGUUCGUAGGUCAUUGAAUCUCGGUACGAGGUCAGGUCGUGUAGACGGAUACAUACUAGACGAGAAUCGUGUGUAAAAUGGGAAGGGGGGAAACUCGAAGGAUGGGUCAGCGUGAUGUUUUACAUGAGCAUAGCAUACUUAGGAAGCAAUUACUGUAUUUGGUCUUC